UUAUUGUUUGACUUUUUAAUGAUACAUUGAUAUACACAGUUAUAACAAAUUUCAUGAAAGAAAUCAAAAUCAUAGCAUGAGUUGUUUUACGGAAUUUGAAUUGAAUUUAUUUUGUAAAGACAAGUAUUUAUUGAUUGCACUAUAUUUUACUCAACUAUAAAAUACUAAAUUGUCUCUAAUUUGUUAAUUAACGGCAAUGAAUAUAUUUUUACAAAGAUCAAGUUUGGACAUGUUUAUCCCCAAGUAAACGUUCCUUAUCAAGUAGAUGAAAUUUAUAUUAGGAAAUAUAAAUUGUUUAUGGCCUUUAUAAUGUUUUUACAUUGUGAAAUCACCAUAAAAAGUAAAAAAAAACCAAAAAAUACAUAUGGAGGUGGUACAUUAACCCCCUACAAGAUUAUACGGAAGGAAUGCGAAACAAAAGAAAAGGAAAUAUGCCCAUUAAAGGCAUAAACGUCUUGUCGUUCGGCAUGGGAACUUCAGCAGGAUGGCCAACGAAACGUACAAACAGUUCCAGCUGAUGGAUAGGUUUUCUGAUAUAACCUUAAGUAACAUCAUUCUCGUAAUAAUCGGUGCUUUCAUUGGAGUAAUUGGAAACACUGUGGUCAUUUUCUUCUACUUCUUCCGCAUUAAGGAGAGAGGAGAAAGAUAUUUCAUUCCUCUGCUUGGAAUAGUGGAUCUACUCGGAUGCUUAAUCAGUCCGCCAUAUUACAUCAUGGAUAAUAUGUAUUUGUUGAGCUACCCCAGUACUGCCGCAUGUCGAAUUUUAUCUUUCGUACAGAUUUUUAUUCCGGGAAUAUCAGGACAUACACUUCUUGUUAUAUCAAUUCAGAGAUACCUUCUUGUCUGUAGGCCAUUUGGACCGAAAAUGACACAUUUCUGGAAACGAGUUUCAUUUGGUGUCGUGUGUUUGAUGUCUAUUGCCUAUUCCACUCCGCUACUCUUCACUGCUGGGGUCUUUGAAGAAGAGAUAACGUUUAUGAACCACAACGUUACUAUAGAAGUGUGCAGGUUUGCUGUUGAACCGUCGUUGUCAAUGAAUAUGUACGUUUGUCUCUUGUUUCUGUUAAUGGUGGUAAAUUUAAUCGUAACUGUUGGACUCUAUGUUCCUGUUCUUAAACGUGUUAAAUUUUCAUUAUGUGUCAGAGAAGUUAAAUGUAAGGUCCACAGGGAUAGUAAUGUCGCCUCAGAGACAGAAAAUGAAGCCACGGGGACAUCUGAAAUACAAACUGAUCAAGAUGAAAAGGGCCAAUACCGUUAUUCCAAUGAACUACAAAAUAUAAAAGUGUCAGUAUUGAUUGGGAAGUCUGGAAGUGAAGAUAAGUCGAAAGAUGUGGUAGAAACAACCGACAACCAACGUUCAUCUUUAAAUAUUCCUGCAGAAAACCUCAAAUAUAAUGAAGAAAAUAAUGUUGCCAAUCACCUUAAAACCACAAAAAAGAAAACUGUAAAAUCAAAAAGCAGAUCCGCUCAAAGACGGAUAACGACGAUGAUUUUCGUUCUGAUCUUGGCGUACGUGCUUUCUUACACAGCCCCUCUCAUAAUUCUGAUUCUUCUGUUUACGUUAAAGGGAUUCACGUACCACACAAUGACCAGGGCUGAAAUGGGUGUGUGGGUUUACCUGACGAGACUUGUGUUUCUGAAUCACAUUGUCAAUCCUUUCGUCUACGGUUAUUUUGAUACAAAGUUCAGAAAACAGAUACGUUUAUGUUGUAGAAGAAAAAACGAACAUGUUUAAUUAUCAAUCUUUAUAUUUUUUUAAUAUCACUUUUGAAAACAGGAAGGUAGCAACAGGGUUACCCCCCCCCCUUCCCUUUGUUCAGUAAACCGACUCUCUUGUCAUGAUUUCCUUUGGUCUGUUUCAUAAACGAUGCAAGCUGCUUGAUAAAGUUUACUCUUGUGUGGAUUUCUUGACCAUUAUUAUUAAUAUUUGUUAAGACAGUUUUUACCUUUCUACAAAAAGUCAUACUAAAUGAAAAAUUGUAUCAUUCCCUUAUUUUGAAAUUACAGAGAUGAUGUUUUGACUUAGAAAAUAUAAUUUAAUUUCAAUUAAAUGGUUUUAGAAAAUAAACCGUAUGUAUUUGAAUUGAUAUGAAUAGAAAGUAAUAAUAAUAAAAUGGAUUCAAGUAUCAUGCAUUUUUCAGGUGUGGAAAAAUUUCAGAAUGUGUUAUUGUUAGGUUCAUGUAUUGAUUAUGAUAAUGAGAAAAUGCUUAUUUGAACAUACAUGUUUUGAAUUAGUGAAGAAAUAUUUCAUUAAUAGCCUUAAUCCUAUUGCUUAUUUUAAAAUUUAAAAUUUAAUGUAAAGAAUAUCUGCUUAA